GGGUAUAAGAGGUGUACAAAUGUGUGUACAACUAGCAAUUCUCCUGAAAUUUACUCCUCUUUUACCUCUUCUCUCUCCCUCUGAUCUACAGUUCUACAUCCUAUCUCCCUGCCUUACGCUCUUACCCCUCUCUCUUUCAUUUUCUUUUGUUUCUUCUUCAAAUACCUUCCUCCAAAUCUACAUUUUUACGGAAGGCUUACCAUCCCUUGGUUUGGCUAUCAUCUAUUUUUCCAUUUUUCAAGCCAUAGCUCAAGCCUUGGGGUUUUGCUGCUCUGCUAACUAUUCCCAAGUGUAUGGACCUGGUGGAGAAGUGUUUGAGAGAUGCCAAUAUGAAUAAGAGCAACGUGCAGUGUGUUGUCCUUGUGGGUGGAUCCCCAAAGGUUCAACAAAUGCCACAUGAUUUCUUCAAUGGCAAAGAGCUUUGCAAGGGCAUUCCCUAUGAAGCUAUGGCCUAUGGAGCUGCUGACCAGGCUGCCGUUCUGUGUGGAGAAGGAAACCAAAAAGUUGAAGACAUGUUGUUGGAUAUCACUCCCCUCUCCCUCGGCCUGAAGACUUUGUGUUGCAUUAUGAUCGUUUUGAUCCCAAGAAAAACAACCAUCCCCACCAAGAAAGAUCAAACCUUUUCCACUUCGUCAAUAAAUCAUUCUCAUGGAAGUACUCGUCAGCAGUGCUUCACCGCCGGUGUUCAUGGCUACGUUAAUUUGUAGCUGGUAAGUAUCAAUAGAGGAGGGUGUAUAAAUGAACCAGAGAUCGUAAUCGCGGACAUUGAUUUUCUUCUUCUACUUUGACAUUAUUUCGAAUAAAGUUCUUGAUCGAUCUAGAUUUUCUCGAACAAGAGAGGAAUGUCGCCGAUUUCUAAUCUUUACCAUUUAUAUUUACUUGCGACUCCCACCUCUUUGUUCUUUCUCCAUAUUUAAUUUAAUUUCAGUUUCUAUUGUUAAUCAAUUGGUGUAUUCUAGCAAUUCAAUAAAUUGAGAUUCAAUUUCUGCAAUGAAAUCAAAACAAGAUACAGUUGGGAUGAACAUGGCGGCACUUUCCAUAGCGUUGUCCGGAUUAAAUCUGUCACGAUGGGGAUGGAGGUGUGCUUAAUUUCGGAGCUAAUGAUCCUCACAUCUUGAUUUUCACGCAUAUAAAACUCCAACAAUAGUUUCGACUUGCUGGAAAGGCAAACAAAUCAGAGAGAGAUAAGAUCUUCAUCCACUUUUUCCUUGGUUCUGAAACUUCAAACAUCAUCCGUUGUAGCCAUAUGUGAUUAACAGGAUAUAAUUGGAAAUAUAGAAAAGAAACGUAAAUAAGUGUGUGUGAUUAGUAAAUGGGUGAGUGUAUAUAGAAUUCCCCUCUAGUUAUUAAUACUGCAUCUUAUCCGUACUUAAUUAUUACUCCGUACUCUUAUUAGUGUGAAAGACAUGGAUUGUCA